AUGCGAGCUAGUGUCCACGCCAUUACCCGUUCUAUCACACCCAAGAUGCCACUCGCUCCAUCAGCCUCCUCUCCCGCUGCGUCGUCGCCGAGCACCAGCACCCCCGCCUCGUCGGGGUACACAUACCCGAACCCCGGCGUGGCCGCCACGGGCAUCGAAGAGCUUGAGACAGACAAAUUUCGCCUGACAUGUUUCCAGACUAUGACAGGGACAAAGUUCCUUCUGUUUACGGACCCGAUGAGUGGCAAUGUCGAGGUCAUCAUAAACAAGAUCUACGAGCUGUAUGCGGACUACGUGAUGAAGAACCCCUUCUACCAGCUGGAGAUGCCGGUGCGUUGUGAGGCAUUUGAUCGGCAUCUGGGGGCGUGGCUGAGAGGGCGCAGUUGA